CCGGCGGUGUCGGGAGCGCGGCGAUGGCGGGCGCGAGGAUGAGAUGGUUGUCUGCAAUACUUCAGGGCUUUCUAUUGGCUUUAGUGGGUCUCGGAAUAUGGGACGUGUUGUUUGUGUACGAAGAGAACAGGUGCAGCAUGACCUACAUGUUCGAGUACCCAGAAUAUAUUAAGAUCAAGCUUCCAUACAAAGUUUCCAGUAAGUACCACAAUUACGGCCUGUAUCUUUAUGGAGAGGGAGAGUCUGCUGAAGCACACAAUCUGAAAACCACAGGAAUCCCUGUUCUAUUUCUUCCUGGAAAUGCUGGAAGUUACAGACAAGUUCGUUCCCUGGGCUCUGUUGCACUAAGGAAAGCUGAGAACAUACAUAACAAAUUCCACUUCGAUUUUUUUAGCAUUGAUUUUAAUGAGGAGCUUGUUGCACUUUAUGGUGGAAGCCUUGAAAAGCAAACGAAGUUUGUACAUGCAUGUAUAAAAGUAAUUCUUAAACUUUACAAGGAUCAAAAAGAUGCACCCUGCAGUGUCGCCAUUGUGGGCCAUUCAAUGGGUGGCAUUAUUGCUAGAGCACUAUUCACUUUACCCAACUUCAAACCAACACUGAUAAGUCUUAUUAUAACUCAAGCUACACCUCAUGUUGCACCAGUCCUACCAGUGGACAGCUACCUCAUAGACUUUUACAAUACUGUGAACAACUACUGGAUUCUCAAGGAAAAAGACUUAAGAAAUAUCACUGUUCUCUCGAUGGGCGGUGGUUUCCGUGAUUAUCAAGUCCGGUCUGGCCUAACAAUUUUGCCAAGUCUGGGCCUUUACAAUAAUACUCUAAAUGUUGUGACAUCAACGGUCCCAAGAGCAUGGCUCUCAACUGAUCACCUUUGCAUAGUUUGGUGUAAAGAGCUGGUCCUAGCCACUGUUAGAGCUUUUUUUGAUCUUGUUGAUCAUCAGACCAAUCAGAUAACAUCAGAUCUAGAGAAGAGGAUAUCUGUUCUCCAUCAUCAUUUUGUCAACUAUUCAGAAAAGUACUCUGAGGAUAAUCUUGAGUCUUCAGUCGAAUUCUCAGAUUCAUCUGCAACAUGGAGUGUAAUUAACACAUACAGUUGGACUUAUAGCAGUCCAGAGUUUUCUGCAUGGGAACCCAAGGCAGCAUAUUUUCUUUUACCGCUUCCAAGUGAAGGGGAACCCCACAAUAAUUUAUAUUGUCGAACUACUAAUUUGGAGCCAAGUACUUGGAUCUAUGGCUGUGUGAAGGUUGACCAGUCUGCUUGUGCUGGGAAAUGGAAUCCUUUCCCUUUUUAUGCUCUCAGUCACCACUUGAAGUACUUCACUGUUAGCCAGGAAGGCAUUGACUUGACUGGGGAAGCAGAAUUAUUGAAAAUGUACAAGAUAGUAAACUUCAAUCUGGAUGAUUACCGUUCUUUCUCUCAUUUUAUCAUUCAUAUAUCUAAGGCUAAUGUCAAUAAACGGUUCAACAUAGAAUGUGAAUUCUUGAGCGCAGAGUCCAGAAUGAUGACCACCCAAGUGACAAAUAUCCUGUCUUUUGGUACCUCUAGCAACAGAGUUGUUAUAAACUCUGCUGGUCUGAUUCACAAAGUGAAGCUUCAGAACUUUAAUCAGAUAUAUCAGGCUUUUAAAAUCCAUGUAAGGAGUAACUGCCAGUUUACCCAUGGGAAGACUGAGGAUGUGUACAGGUUUCAUGUACCAUGGUCACAUGAAGAUUUUGUUGUGACAACAAGUGUGCCUUCUUCUACUGUGAUCUUUGCUAAACUUCACAGUGCAAGACCUGAAAAUGAUAGCUCCGUACCAGAGUUGCAACUUCACACGGCUAGAAGUUGUCAAUAUGAGAUAACCAUCAGGACUUCUUUCCUUGAAGUACUUGGGCAGCUGAUCAGAUUCCAUGGUAUACAUCUGCCUACAUAUGUUGUUGUGAACAUUCUAUUAGCAUUUGGAAGACAAUUAAUCCAUCUUUAUUCUGAAGGUCACUGUUUGGACUUCAAUAGUGCCUUAAAUGCUGCAUCGAAACCAUAUAAAGUUAUUCCAUUUAUCAAUUUGGCAGUUUUUCUUUUAAGAUAUGACUGGUUUAAGGAGACAUGGUCUAAUCUCAUGUUGCCUGAGAUUGAUGUCCUUCCUUCAAAUAAGCAAGGAAUCACCUACCCAAUGAUAUCUAUUCUCCUUUUCCUAUUUGGAACAGCUAUUGCCUAUUGGAAUGGAAUAUUCUUGCAUGUAUUACUUAGGCAGCUUUCCUUCUUGUGGUCAAUCUUUCAAAGGCCACGUGUCAUUCAAAAGGAAUAUAAGAAAUUAAAUUUUCGAAGUUCAAGUAUUAUGAUUUUCCUGCUCUUUAUCAUCUGGACCACCUGUGGUGCAGCGGCUCUUAUACUUGGUUACAUUCUUUAUCUUGUUAAGGUCCUAAGCCUGCAAGCUUCAGUACGCACAAUGAAAAACAUUCUUAAUUUGGCACCGAAACAGGAAAUUAUAAAGAAAGGUGCAUUUGCUUGUAGUGCAAAAGGAGGAGACAAGUCUGGAACAAAAGAGCCAGAACAACGGAGUCCAGACAACAAUAAAUUGCUGUCAGUUUCAGAUGUAGAUGAUGCCGUGGAUACUCUUCAGAUUCAUACUACAAUUCUACAUUUAUUGAAUUGGGUUAUUCUAUUUAGUGCACCUUCAUUUAUUUACUGGUUUAAAAAUCUCAGGUAUUCUAGAAGACUUGAUCCUGACCCCUGUGGUUCUGUUGCAAUUAUCCUUGUGUUCUCGAUGGGACUUCUCAUUAAUUCACAUUCAACUUCAGUUAAGAGAAGCAAGCUCCUGAAACACACAGCAAGACUGCAGCUCCUCUUAGCCAUUGCCGCGGCAGCCUUCGGAUUGGAACACUUGUACAGGGUUCCUUAUUUUGUUACAUUCUCAUUGGUUUUAUAUUCACUUGGUUGCCUGGUGUAAAUGAUUGUGUAACAUGUUGACUUAUCAACUUAAUUCAUCAUACAUACAGCUUCUCUCAAUGUACAUUUUGUAAUUUUUCUUAAACAUAAUGGUGCUACAUAAUUGUACUUGGUUAUUAUUGGCAUGCCUUCACUGAAUAAUUGCAUAAUGUAACUUGUUAGAACUUCCUAGAUUUUGGAAUAUUUAAAAAGGUACUACUUUAUGUACAUUGUCAAAUUUUAAUUUUCUUGCUAUAAAUGAAAAUCCAGAGUAUUAUGUCUUUUAAGUCUUCUUUAGCAUGUUGCUUUGAAUUAGAUAACUUUCAAGGCACAUUGCAGAUUGUCUUGUGUGGGAACCUUUUUUAAACAGACCAUUUCAGGGCUUUUAUACAUAAUACCUUUGACCGUGUUCAGGCAUCUCCAAAGAGACUUGAAUAUGAUUUGGUUGCUGACAAUAAUUUCAUCUUAAGAGGUCCCAGAAGUGAUUAUAAGUUUGUUUGGGAUUCUCACUUUAACCACUCUGAGUGAAGGGAAUUAAAGAGAACAAAAGCCUAAGACUGCAGAUGCUUGAAAUCUAAAAUAUAAACAGAAAAUGCAGAGUUAGGUACCAUCUGUGGAGAGAGAAAUGUUUCAAGUUAAUGACCUUUCAUUAGCACUGGCAAAGAUGAUAUAUAUAACAGGUUUUAGCAAGGUGUAGAGAUAGGGAGCGUGAAUGAAAAUGAUAAAAUGGGAAGUCUGAAGAAGUUAAAAGUAUGCAAGAUUAACCAUCAAAUGGAAUAAUGGUGUAAGGCAAAAACAUGAUAAUGGGUCAAGUGAAGAAACAAAAGAUUGAUCAAAAGAAAUGGCAACAGCAGAAUCAUUAAUAAUUGCAUUUCAAAAAAGAAGUAGUGGUUACAAUCUGAAAUACUUGAAUGGAGUCUGGCAGACUAUAAAUUGUCUAAAUUAAAGACUGCUGUUCUUCUAGCUUCCACAGAUCUUCAUUGUAACAGUUUGGGAAGCCAAGCUCAGAGUACAAGUGGGAUGAAAACGUAAAAUGGCAAGUGACCAGAAGUUCACUGUCACAAUUGUUUCAAUGGAGGUGUUCAACAAAGCAACCACCCAAUCUACAGUUGGACUCCUCAAUGCAGAGUAUAUCAUGGUAAUAUCCUCACUUAAAAUUGUGAAUGCAUUCCUAAAAAUCAUUAAUUUAAGGGCCAUGAUAUUUUGUAGUGUGGUUUCCCAUAGGAAUCAGUGGUAAAACCAGAGUUGAGUUCCUGUGGACAUUAAUUAUUAGAACCAUUGUACAAACAAAUACACAUUUUUGACUGAAAUAACUCAUUAAAUAAAUCAUUAAAUAUUGAAUAAAUACCGUAUUAAUUGAAGGGAAAAAAUGUACAGUUCACAUGGGUUUUAAAAUGUGCAUUUCUGGUAACUCAGUGGGCAGCUUUUCUAAUAUUGCAACAUAUCUAAAAUACAAAGUGGGUGGUAUUUAUGACCCCGUAAAUUGCAAUUAUAGCUUAAACUGUAAUUCCAUAAAAAUAAUAUUAGGGCUUCAGUUCCACAGUAAAAAACGAGAUGGAAGAGCUAAACAUGGUGCAAGUUAUACAUUUUGGAUGAAUUGUGCAAAUUUUGUCUCAUUUUCUGGUAGUGCCUUUUAUUGUGCUCUGCUUUGUAUCUGAUGCUUAGCAGAAACCCAGGCGUGGGAAAAUAAGGAAGCUGUGCAUCUUCUCAGUGUCUUUUGCUACUCCCUGGUGCCUGCUGCUUUAUGGCGCAGAGUUUCAGAGACGGUAGGGGAAGGGAACUGUGAAACCAAGACAGCAUGGCCACAAUGGUGCCAAGUGCCCAAACUGCUUGGAGGCACCGCCAUUCUCACCUAUGCUGCUCCUCCCAAUCCCAAUCCCAAUACACUCUGCUAUCCAAGAUCAGAGUAACUGGACUGAACCAGGAAUGGCCUGAAUAUGCUAACUCUUGCCUACCACUAAAAAGGAGAAUAUCUGGCCCAUGGGCUAUAUGCUGAUCUGUAAUAACAAUGCAAGCACUGAAGCACAAUAUCAGCAUUGAUGCACAACAUGUACAAUCAAAUAUUAUGGAAAUGAAAACAACAACACAAAAACAGGCCCCCAUAGAAUAAUGUACUUUAAAAACAAAAUUAUGUUCAGCAUGGAAACUAAAAGUAAUGGCUUUGUUUUAAAUUAAAGUAAGUAUGAAUUUGUGAAUGUUUCACCAGAAUGGUUUGUUUGGGGGCAAUAACAAAGGAAGUAAAAUUACUUUUGAUGUACUCCUGGUGCUUGCACAGGAAGCUGAAAUGGGAAGGGGAUGACUGUAUGAUUGUCAUCAUUGAAGCUUGAAGAAUAGCACUUUGUUUCUAUUCAGUAUGUAAAAAUCAUAGAAUCGUAGAGAUGUACAGCACAGAAACAGACCCUUCGAUCCAACUCAUCCAUGCCGACCAGAUAUCCCAACCCAAUCUAGUCCCGGCCCA